AUGUUUAUUAAGGUUCGCUUCAGAGAAGAGGAUCAAGCCGCCUUCCACUACUUUUGGCGACGGCCAGGAGAUAGUGGGCCACCGGUGACCUAUCAAAUGAUGGUCGACAUGUUCGGGGCCGCUUCCUCACCAACAUCAUACGCCACCAUUUCCUGUUGUCACCAUUUGAUUGAACUUUUAAAAAAUGGUGGAUUCCCUCUUACUCAAGCGAUGAGUUCGUCAAGGGAACUGUGGCUCUCAUUCCCACCCAAAUUUCGAGCCAAACCGGCGUUGAACAUCGGUCUAGAUGAACUGCCAGUGGAAAGGACCCUGGGACUAAUUUGGCAAGUAGAAUCCGGCACGUUCACCUUUCUGCUAAACAUCGAGAACGAUGCAGAUACUAAACGGGAGAUCGUCAGCUCAGUGGCCAGUAUUUUCGACCCAAAGGGAUUUCUUGCCUGCAUCACCGUGAUUCCCAAGAAAAUCAUUCAAGACAUCUUGCGUUUAGGAAGGAAGGAAGAAGGUGGACAGUCGUGGUACGAUGAACUUCCAAGCAGCAUAACGGAAAGAUGGAAAACCUUCCCCAAGAAUUAA